GAUUUCAGCGCUAUAGUGAUGAGACGUCGGACAUGUGUCAUGUUGUUUUCUGCCCGCGCUUGUCUUCGGCAUUAUGGACGUCGCCUGACAGUCUCCUGUUUUACGAGCGUGAGGGCAGAAACUGCAAUGAAACAGCUAAAGGGAGGUGUCUUACUGGGAAGUAUAUAGACGCGGAAAGUGCUUGUGCCGGGCGCUUUAUCUCUUAGAAAAUAGCAGCUGUUGGUAAAUAUACAAAUUAAAGAACGUAUCCAGAGGCCGUUUACGGGUGCCCUGGGGUGUCUCUCUGUGUUUGUGCUGAGAAGCAGCAGAAUUGUCUCACUGCCGAGCGCUGUCAACAUUUCUAAAUGCAACAAAACAAAGAACAGUAACCUGUAAUACAGCAGGCCAAUAAGCUGUUUGAUGACGUGGCAGUAUCAGGUAUAAAAGUGGAGAGAUGCUUUAAGCCAAAUAUGGAUUUGAAAGGCAAGGCAGAGGCUGUAUCGGCUUACUAAAACACGCAGACUCUCCAAUGCACAGUCCAACAGAUAAGUACGCAAGAGACAGUCUCCAUCAAUUCCGGUAAAGCACUCAUAUCUAUGUUUGUGUGCGGUUAUGGAAUGGUCUUUAGAGCGGAUGCGGGAAUGGGUUGCGGGUGGCAUGCAGUCGGUACGGGAAUGUGAGUCCAGCGCCCUGGGCACAGCCCUUUGUCUCGCCCUCCUGUUUAUCUGGUACUGUUACCGCGUAGGAUGCGAGCACAACUCACCUUCACUCCGUGGUGGCUUCACCCCAGAGCCCCGUGGCAGCAGUGUGCCCGGCGGAGUUCUGAGCUCCAACCUCACAAUCCACGGAGGUUCGUUGAAACUCCGUCAGGUCGGUGGGGUUGGAGGAGGCGGGAUCAGCGAUGAGGAACUCAAUGGCUUCGCCUACUGCCAGUCACCCGACUGUUUCCGUUGCGCGAAACCCGGUGAGGGCCUGAACCAGCGACUCUACCACAGCCUGCAGGAGUACGCCAAGCGCUACACCUGGGCCGGCAUGGGUCGUGUGCACAAAGGCGUACGUGAGCAGGGGCGCUACUUGCUCUGCAGCCGCCCCUCUAUCCAGAAACCGGAGGUCUUCUUCCUUCCAGACCUUCCUUCGGCGCCGUUCUUCUCACGAGAGGCACAGAAGCAUGACGUCGAGCUUUUGGAGAGAAGUUUCCCUGCGUUGUUGGCUGAAUUUGAGAGCGUAUACCGGCUGCCACCCAGCCGGACUGGCACCUCACUUCCACUGGGUUGGAAGGCUAACGGCACACCUCGUGGCCAGUGGUGGACCUUUUAUCUGGUGAACCAGGGUACUCCGAUGGUGCUGAAUGCCAGGCGUUGUCCAAGGACAUGGAGGGUACUUGGGCAGCUCCGUACCUUUAUUGCUAACAAUGUGUUUGGAAAUGCCUGCUUCUCAGUUCUCACCCCUGGAUCCACCAUCACUGAGCACUACGGCCCAACAAAUGUACGCCUGCGCUGCCACCUUGGACUGAAGGUGCCCUCUGGUUGUGAGUUGGUUGUUGGUGGAGAGCCGCAGUGCUGGUCUGAGGGAAGCUGUCUGCUGUUUGAUGACUCUUUUCUUCACACUGCAUUUCAUGAGGGUUCUCCAGAAGAUGGCCCGAGAGUCGUAUUCAUGGUGGACCUCUGGCACCCAAACGUGGCGGCAGCUGAGAGACAGGCCCUGGAUUACAUCUUUACCCCUGGACGCUGAGGGGAAAGAGUGAAGAAAAGGUGGAACACAAAAGGAAAAUAAUUUCCACAGAAUUUAGAAGUAUGAGAUGGGAAAGAUUUAAGUGUAUGAGGAUAAGCACAUCAGUCUCUUCCUCUAGUAUAUGUACCUUUAUUCGGACUUUCCCUCAUAAUAGCACUGAAGUAGAGACCGUGACAUCAUGAUUAUUGUACAUUAUCAAUGCUUACAGACCGCUUCAACUCUGUAAGCAUCUAUCCAUAGCAAAAACCUUCUGGAGACCUUUGCUUGAGACAAAGCCAUUGAGUAAUUUUACUAGUGUUUUGUUCUUGUAAGUCAGCUGCAGUUGACAGGGUCUCAUUAUACCCAGUUUCGUUUUACGUCGCGCAUUGACAGUCAACCGCACAUGGAGACGCACUUUUAUCACCUCUGGUUGCUAUAGCCAGGUAGGGUUGUGUAGGAAGCACAGUACAAUGUUUGGUCUGUACAUUUUUACAGAGGUCAUGCUUACGUGAGAAAAGCUAAACAGUCGUAAAACGACAUAUGCUGCAGAGACAGGAGAUUUGACAUAUACAACAAAUGUACGUGGAUGUAUGGCAGAGAUGCUAGUGUGAAGUAAAGCACUACCAGCUAUUGGAACUAAAAAUGACCUUCAUCAAACGCACUAGUGGCACUUAUUUAGCCACGUCUAUGCCAGGGCGAGAAAGAAUGAGAGCACAUCGAGUCAGCCAGCUUUCCACUUUGCUCUUUCCUAUCCUGAGUUUUCAAAUAAAUUGCGUAUCAAUUGCUUUGUAUCUCUUUAAAACAGUGAUAAACGCUGCAUAGUAUUUUCGGAGACACGACGUUUUGGCUGUUAUUAUGUGCUAGGUUCAGCCUUAUUGUGCUUUGUUGUACUGCUUGUAAAGCGAGCUUUCGUGGUUGUCGCAUUGAUAUUGGUACAUUCCUUUUGUAAGAAUACGGACCGUUUACAGAGAGUUUCGUGAGAUGUGACAUUUUAUAGCAUUGUGUGACUUUUGGAGUUGCGAAUCAAUUUUAUGACAAUGUUCCUACUUUCAUGUUUCCGAAUUGUGUGCCAUGGACUCACUUUGCAAUGGAUGAGUACCUCUGUAGAUUUAAUAAAGAACUGAUUUAAUAUGUG